CCGCCGGGUUUCCGUCUCCCUUGCGGCCCUCAAAACCACCAACACCAACAGACGCGCGCGCACACACAUACAUACAUACACCCGAGCAAGCCGUCGCAAUGGCCAACCGCGCAAAGGAGGAAGAACAUGAGGGCGCCUCGACCCGCGAGCUGCUGAUCGAAGCCUGCCGGCGCAACAACACGGAGCUCCUGAGCGAGAUCCUCUCGUCGCCGCCGCUGCGCGACGACGAGGAGGCGACGGCCGAGCUGCUCAACACGACCACGACGGUGCUCGGCAACCACCUGUACCACGAGGCGGCCUCGCGGGGCAACUACGAGAUCAUCGACGUGCUGCUCGACCAGCCCGGGUUCGAGUGCGACCCGGUCAACCGGACCGACGGGGACACGCCCCUGCACUCGGCCGUCCGCUGGAUCAACGGGGAGCCCCCCGAGCAGCGCGAGUUCGGCAACGCCCUGGUCAAGAUGAUGCUCGAGGCCGGCUCGAACCCGCGCAUCAAGAACAAGGGCGGCCUCACCCCGCUGCAGCUCGUCGACCCGCGUAACGAGGGGCUCAAGGAGGUGAUUCGGAAACACGAGUACGCCGCCCUCAACGCCGGUGAUUUCGUCAGCCCCGAGGACGUCAAGGGCGGCAAGGGCCUCGCGGCAUCCGCGUCUGUGCCACAGGACGAGGACGACGAGGACGCCGAGUUUAGCGGGAGCGACGAGGAUGAGAGGGCCGAGUGGGAGCGGAGGAGGAAAGCUAAGAGAGGGUGAAUGCUCACGGGACACUUUGGCUGUCCUCUUUUGUUUUUUGUCGGGCAGGUCGGCGAUGGGGUUUGGCGUCGGAACGCUGGAUGUUCUUACGUCUUUUGCAUUGCUGGAGCCGGAAUAGACUUUGCUUGGUACAGUAUGGCCCCUUCUCCUGCUCCGCCCCGUACCCGUUCACGCCGCUAGAUGUGCUCGGUCCGCCGCCGUCACUCUUGAUCGAGCAUUUCGUCCUGCCCCAUAUCCGGCCGG